AUGAUGCCUUCGCUGUGCAGCCUUUGUCGACCGUCGUUUUCUUUCGCCGCAACGUACGCGGCAGACGCAGCUCCAUCGAUGGCACGUUGCGGUAUCUCCACGACGAUGGACGGCAAGAUCAAACGUAUCACUGAAAGAGACGACGGCAAAGUGAUGGUAUUCGAGGUGGCUGCUACCUGCAUCGACGAUGAAGACCGAAUGCAAUCGAGGCAAUUCAGAGGCCUUGCCCGUAUCCUCAACACCGACAAGAUGAAAUACGGAGGAGACAUGUAUGACGUCUUCGAUAUGAAGGUCGCGGUCUUCUUCGACGCCUGCUCAAAAGUCGGCAUCAAGCAGCCACAUCGAAUACCAUCACGAUCGAUCGCCAACGACGAAAUAGUGCCACUAUUCGCAAAGUCUUAUACCUGUGCCAACAAGAACGAUUCCAACUUGCGAUUCAGAAACAUGCCCUCGGUCGUCUCCGGCGCCUCAACCAGAGGCAAGGGAUCCUCUGAGACAUAA